CAUGGCUUCCGUACACAUCACAGCUCGUGCAGGCGUGCUAGCCCAUGGCUACAGUGCUUCAUACUGUGAGCAGGUGUUGGUCGGUGUGGGGUUUGGGUUGCUGCCUUUGUAGUUUUCAUCUUCUUAAGCUUUUGUCCGAAUGCCUUCCCAGUUCCCACAGACCCAACACUCCGUAAGUCUGCAACUACUUGAGAUUCCAAAAGGGUCAAAAGAUUUCAGACUCUUAGAGCCUUUUUUAAGAAUUUCAGCAUCUGAAUCUCAAACAUUACUUCAGUAACCUGAAACCCCAGUUGAAUCAUCUCUGACCCAUAUCUUAUUUUUCCUUCCCUUCGAUUCAGUUCUUCAAACGAAUCAAACCCUUUUACCUCUAGCUUCUUUUAAUCAUUCCUGUUCUCUGCAAAUGUGACUGAAGUAAUACUAUUGAAGAAGAGGCCAGAGGCAAUGGCAACCUGUGUGGUGGUGAAGAACUUGGCCAGUGGGAGAAACGGCGGCAGCAAAUUUGAAGCAAAAGUAGUUUUCAGAUGUAAAUUUUGACAGUAGGGUGACAGGAUACUAGAAAAGCUUGAAAUCAUGGAGGACAGAAUUAGUGAAAUGCCAGAACAAAUUCUUCAUUCGAUCUUAUCAUUUUUGACACUGAAGGAGGCCACAGCUAGUAGCAUCCUUUCUAAAAGAUGGAAAGACCUCUCGUCAUCUUUCGUGGCACUUACCUCUACCCUCAACUUAGAUGUUGCAAACAUGAUUGGAUAUGAUCAGUACGACAAAGAAUUCUGGGCUAAAGAUAAUCAAAGAUGUGAAUUUGUAAGAUGGGCUGAUAAAAUCCUGCAGCUUCACCAGCACCCAAAGGUUUAUGCAUUCAGGGUUCAAUUUUACCUAAGCCAAGAGUUUGCCUAUCAUCUUGAUAGAUGGAUUGCAAAUGCUGUGGAUAAGGGAGUCCAAGAGCUUGACCUUGACUUGGAUAUGUCUCACAAAUAUCCGUUGGGAGAUAAUCUCUACAACUUUCCUUGCUGGCUUUUCCCUCAAUAUAGAGAGCCCCACAUAAAGCAUUUGUUUCUGAACUCCUGCAUCCUGAGACUCCCUCCUGAUUUCAGUGCAUUUAGCUCCCUUUUAGCCUUCAGUUUAGAAAAUGUACUCAUAUCUGAAGAAGAUAUUCUUUACAUCAUGUCCAACUGUUUACUCCUUGAAUCCUUGAAAGUGAGAAACUGCCCUUCCAUAGUUUGUUUGAAAAUUGAUGGUCCAUGCCCCCAGUUGAAACAUUUAUGCAUAUCAAGGUGUCAUCACUUGGAGAACAUUGAGAUUGUUGCCAUAAAUCUUCUUUCCUUUGAGUAUAUUGGAACCACACCAAAUUUGUCUUUCAAAUUUGUUCCACAACUUGUAACGGCAAGUAUCUGCACAACGAGUGGUGGUAUGACUUAUGCUCUUGAUAGACUUCCAUGUGAUAUUCCUCGGCUAGAGACCUUACUCCUAUUCUCACCAACAAUGAAGGAAAAUGUGCUGCCAGCUAAGUUGUCUAUGUUCACUAAUCUAAAGAAAUUGGUGUUGACGGCUGGCCGUACAUCAAACAGAGGAAGCCUCAUCCCUUUUACUGCUACCUUUCUUAAGGCUUGUCCUUUUCUGCAGAAAUUUAUGCUGCAUCUGGUGGCUGGAAGUCCCUGUAAAGAAGUAAUAACAGAAGCAAAGCUUUGUUCAUCUGAAUGCACCCAUAACCAACUCAAGGAAGUUCAGAUAAGUGGUUUUAGAGGUUCCUUGGAUGAAAUUGAGCUGGCAUCAUAUAUUAUGAGGAUUGCUGUGGUGCUUGAAAAAAUGACCAUUGACCCAAAAGUCGCUGAUUAUCAAGGAGAAGGCAAAUGGAAUGCCAUUGACGGGAACAAGUUAUGGUCCAACUGCUUGCAGAAAAGUAUUUGUAAAUCACUGUCCAGACUAGUCCCUCCCCAUGUUCUAUUAAUAGUUUUGUGAGCAUUCAAGUAAUUUUCUUAGCAACUAACAGCAAGUAGCGCCUUCUCGUUUUGCAUUGUAGAGUUGCAGAAUGAAGGAGACUGUUUGUCAUAGUGCCUUCAUUUUAUUUAACUUGUAACAUGUAUCGCGGUAACUGAAGAUGUUAAUGAGCUGCUGUUCUAAUGA